AACUAAACUUUCUCAAACAUGUUUCAAGACACUACCGCCUGGUUCAGUUCCUCUGUAGACAGAACAUAUGUAGAUCUUUGGAGAAAAAAUGGUGGAAGAAUUGAAGAUAAAUACAAGGAUGAUAAACUUCCCGAAUAUCUAUUUAGUAUUGAUCCAGAAGAACACGAUACUCAAAGGCUUAUUAGACAUAUCUCAUAUAUAGUCAUCCAUCCGGAAUGGAUUUUCGAUACUAUCAUAGAUAAGAAACGAAAACCAAUUGAUAAAUAUUUAUUGUUAAAUUAUGAUUUUCAAGAUACAAACAUCGCGUCUGCAGUUCGUAAUAAUAAGUCAAGCAAAAGAAUCAGUUCGAACGGGCUCGAUAUAUUAGACGACUUAGCGAAUCAUAAUCAAGUCAAUAAUGAUUUCAUUAUUGCACAUUCUCCAUCAAUUCCUAACAAGAAAUAUUAUUUGCCACGGAAGCGUUCAAGAAAAGUUUCUAAAGGGAAAAAUCCUGUUCAAUACAACAAUAUACAGCAAUCCAUAACAAUGGAUUCAAUGAAUAUUCACACCAAAGACGCAUCGCAAAUCGAUAGUAUUUCAUCUGAUUUGCAAUCAGAUACUCAAACUGAAGGAAGUGCAAUAAAUAAUCCUGAUGAAGGCUUACGUGAAGGCUUACGUGGCAAACCUAAAAGAGAUCGACCACGUACCCUUCCCAAUUUUAUGUCCAACAAACGCUCAAAUGUGGUUCUUACGAGCGCCUCAGAAGAUGAUUCUUUCUUUUCUGACGAAGAUUCAAGUAAAAAACGAAAGAGAACAAAUUAUACCCAAAAGACACCACCUACAGGCAAAAAAACGCCAUCUUCACGUUGUGAAUGCGGCAGGCCGGUUCAACCAACUAUAACUGCGAAACAGCCACCAAAAGAUCCGCCACAGAAUGUAAAUAAAGAAUCAAAAUCGAUUACAUCCAUACGGCUUCAACAUAUUUCAAUUCGAAGUUUGCUUGAAAAGGUUUUAAAAUAUCUUCGAGUUGUCAAAGGCUCGAAUAGUUCUCUGAUGGAUGAUGUUUACGAAUUUACACCUGGUCGAAAUGGUUUUUCUGCACGAACGAAGUCAACAGCGUGUUCUCGAGCAACUAGUGCAAAUCCACGUGUUCAAACACGAGGAAAAUCCUUGUUCAGAAAGAAUUAAUUUUAUUUUUAUAAUAUUAUAAUUUAUAUUUGUAUAUAUUUUGAUAAGAGAUUUAUCAUAUUUCGAUUAACUUAAGAGUAACUUGAGAGUAACUAGUAACUUUAGAAUUAUUUUUAAACUUUGAGUUCAUAUUAAAUUCAAGUUGAAUUAGUUGAAUAUCAAUUAAUAAACUUUGAGAUCAUAUUAAUUCAACUUGAAUAUAAACUGUAAAUAAAUAAACUUUGAGAUCAUAUUAAAUUCAACUUGAAUAUAAACUACAAAUAAAAUAAACUUUAGAUAA